AUGGGAUAUGGGGCCGACGUGACGAUUGAAGAGUCCCCCAGCAACGAUAGCCAUUUGAACGAAUUUGGCCAUGGUAAAGGAAGUGUCAUGACAGCCUACUUUAAUGUUGUCUGUGUUGUUGCUGGUACAGGCACUUUGGGUCUACCACGUGCGUUUGCCGAAGGUGGCUGGUUGGGCAUCCUUAUUUUGCUGUUGGCAUAUGGAAUGGCUGUAUACAGCGGCAUUGUCUUGAUUCGGUGUCUCUAUUACCAGCCUGGAAAGCGAUUACACGAUUACAAGGCUAUUGGCACAGCUGCAUUUGGUCGCAUCGGUUAUCUCAUAGCGUCCGUACUACAUUUCUUAAACUUGUUCGGCUGUCCCGCGUUGUACCUGGUUCUGGCAGGUAGCAACAUGCAUCAGUUGCUACAGCAUACGUCGGCAGGAUUAACUCAAGCUAUUUGGACGAUCCUUGUGGGCGUCUUUUUACUGAUACCUUCAUUGAUCCAAAAGACCCUACGCGAAGUAACCUUAACGAGUGCUGUUGGUGCUAUCUGCACUAUGAUUGCGGUGUUGGUUGUUGUAAUACAAGCCCCCACGGAUCGCCAUCAACAUCCAGAACGGACCGUUGUGCAAGAUAGCGUCAUUUGGACUGGAUUCCCUACAGCCUUGUCAACCAUUGCUUUUUCGUUUGGUGGCAACAAUACUUAUCCUCACGUCGAACAUGCAUUACGCAAACCACAACAGUGGAAAUGGGCGGUAACGGCUGGUUUAAGCACUUGUACACUACUCUAUUUCAUGACAUCCAUUCCCGGUUACUAUGCCUAUGGUCGUGAUACCCAAUCGCCUAUCUACGAUUCAUUGCCUCUGGGAGUUGGACGCACAACUGCUACCAUUGUCAUGACAAUCCACGUGAUUCUGGCGAUACCGAUCUUUACAACAUCGUUUUCCCUAGAGUUUGAACGGUUUUCGAGAGCGGAUGAGGAUCGGUUGGGCAAGUUCGGUGCAUGGUUGGCGCGUGCUGCCAUCCGUUCGGUCACCAUGGUCAUUUUGGUCGUUCUCGCCGUCUUUGUCCCAUUUUUCUCGGAUUUCAUGAGCUUAAUUGGUGCGUUGGCCAAUUGCGGCCUGGUGUUUUUAUUGCCUGUGCUCUGUUAUCUGCGACUCACCGGCUGGCGUAACAAAAAAGUCUACGAACUGGCAUUCUGCGCACUGACCAUCUUUCUCGGCAUCGUUGGCUGUAUCUUUGGUACCAUUGAUGCUAUUAAGGCGCUUGUUCAUGAUUUCGACGCACAGCGAUAA